GUUGGUGAUUUCUUGGUGAACAUGAAUUUUGAUGAAUGAAUAUUCCUUGCUCAUUUUCCACAUGCAUGACGUACUGAAUUUGGGUUACAGGUGAUACAGAAAACCCAGUCCAAAUGUUUCGAUGGCGGACGAAUCGAAAGAUCUUUGCAACAAGACUAACUCCGAAAACAAAUUGCGAGCGGCAACGGAGGUUUUUCAACGCAAAUAUCGCUCUAUGUCCACUUAUGGAGAACAAGUUAUCGACGACGCUAACCGUUCGAACAAGGCGCUAUUUUGCCUGCCGGAAGACAAUCCUGUGAGAUUCUACUGCAAAAAAAUCGUAGAAUCCAAGUAUCCUUUUCACUAGAAAAAAUGAAAAAUUUAAAAAAUAGUUUUAAUCUUAAUGCUAUCUCCACUAGAAAAUUUUCAUCAGUUAGCCACUUUUGUUCAUUGUAUUAUAGUUAACCACAUUACCUUGACUCUCGCUGGUAUAUUGCGGUAUAGCUGAUGAAAGUUUCUAAGUAUUCUAACUACAGUUGUUCAUUCAGACCCAUGCCUCGGUUCUUAGUCGAGUAACUUGCUUGUCUCGCUAUUAGCAAACGCUGACACGACAUUUUUAAAGAUUUCUCUUAAAAAAGCUUAUUUCCGUUCCUGAGACUUCGUCAUUUAUCGUGUAUUUUUGAUUUACCUUCUUAAAUAACAAAGUGGGGAAAUAUUCAGGGCUGUGAAGAAUUAUUGUUGAUAUGUAUAAGCACAGGAUCAUUGGUUUUAUGUGAUAAAUAGAUGCGUUCAUCUUCUGCUUUACGACGUAACAUACUUAAAUUGAGUUCUAAGUUGUGUUUCCUGACUAUUUUAACAGAAAGUUUGAAUAUUUUAUUUUACUGACCAUUGCGGCAAAUUGCGUGGUACUUAUGCUAGAAGAACCGCUACCUAAUGGAGAUACAACAGAGCGGAAUAAAAAACUGGUAAGGGCGAAAACGCGUAUUUUGUUGUGUUUUUCGAGCAAGACAAAUAUUAACCACAAUGCGCUUUUAUUAGGGCUUUCUAUAAGGAAACGAUUUAAGCGCUUCUUAAAGAACUCCUAUAAGAGAGAACUCGCCACAUUUAUAGCCAUAGCAACUUGAUGUCUACUGGUUAUAGUCGCGUGGAAAAUUGUCAAAUUUAUUUGUGAUUUUCUGUUUUUAGUUAUUGUUUUAAUCUCUCCUAUUGUCAGGAAAAAUCUGAAAUGUAUUUCGUGAUCAUUUACUGCAUCGAAGCUGCGACGAAGAUUAUGGCUAACGGAUUCGUACUGCAUAAGGAUGCCUAUCUACGAAAUGGCUGGAAUAUUUUGGAUUUUGUGGUUGUUGUGGUCGGGUAAGCUUUUUAUUUAUCUAAGUGACAGUGGAGUUUGCUCACAUUAAUAUUCAGCUCUUGCAGCUGCCCCUUAUUGUCACUGCUGUUUGCGCCGGAAAUUUCAUUAAAAAGGCUUAUGGCCUGCGCAAGCCAAGACAGAUUCACCUAUUUCAGGGCCAAAAAAAGCAACUAUAACAAGUUACGGUAUUUGAGUUUCUUGCUCUAGACGUCAAUUGUAUGAUUGAGGAUCAAAAAUCGAGAAUUAAAAGCAAAAAUAAUAACAACAAACAAAAACCAAGAGGCUUGUAUUUAGAUUUGAAGGUGCCAGAAAAAUUAUUGCUUUUUUGUCCUCACUUUUCGGGAGAAUUGUCACUAAAUUAAAUAUUCUAAACAAGACAAACUGCUCAGUUGGGUUUAAAUCUUGCUGACUUUUGCAUUUAUUGCUCAAAAAAUACAUUUUGGCAGGGAUUUAACUGUUUAAAAAGCUGUAAGAAUAAUUUAAAGGUCGUAUCUAACUCAAAACUUUUAAUUUUUUUAACCACCACAGUCUUAGUGUGUUAAGUGAAAAAUUAGCACCACACCAAGCCAGAUCGCAAAAAAUAUAGCACACAAAAAAUGUUGAAAGCGCUUGGUAACCAAUUCUCAUCAACAGUAGAAAACACAACGACACUCUUGUUUAUGUUAUAACACACAUAUUAAUUUUACUGUUAAAAUUUCAGGGUUUUUAUCAACAAUCAUGCAAUUCAUACGUCGUACUUCUCGUAAAGGGUUUAAAACUUUUUGUGACCGUUUAAUAUCAUUUUAUUUCUAUUUUAUUUUAAUUAUUUAACUUUUUUGCAUCAAUAUAUCGUCGCCAGAAUUUGAAUUUUGUUUAACAGGUCUCAUGAUUAUUAUUAUUAAUGUAAAAAGCCCAUAGAAAGAAAUGUCAUGCUGGCUUUAUUUCGCAGAACGUUUUUCGAACAACGUACAUUGUAUUUAUCUGUUGGUGGUAAGCGAACCUCCCGCAAAUUUGUUGAGACAACUUUCUCCGGGCGAGGAGUCCGUAACUUGGCGUAAGGGUACAAUUAUUCCCAGGCGAAAGUGAAUUGGUGUAAAUUUAUUCGAUUUUUGUCUUAUCUUCUGAGUCACUACCAUCGAAAAACAAAAGAGAAGAAAUUUGAAUUCUCAAAAUCCCCCCUCAAGAUACAGGUAGGGCUGACUUAGACAGAACCACCCACAUACCGACUUCUACUUGAAUCUAAAACUUUCGGAACUGAGACAUAGAGGACAUUGGCAAACUACCCAAUGGCUUUACACCAUUUGAUGGGUCUCUUUCAAUGAUUCAUGCAUCACUAGCUUGCACUAAAGAACAAUAAGUAAUCACUCAAACAGUUUCGCUUAGAAAUCAAGAAUAUUUUAAUUAUAUUAACUUUUAAAAACGUUUGCUCAGUUUAUGUUUUCCGAAUUAAGCGCUUAAGAAUUUUUAUAUUAAGAUUUUUACCAGCAAGGAUGAAAACUUUUUUAAGCAUGAUAAUUAGUCGAGUCAAGGACCAUUGUAAAUUUAAGCAUUCAAAGUAUUCAAACAGUGAAUUAGUAAUAAGACAUUCCCGGCCCUGGGUGCUAUAGCUAAUUGUUGCUGUAGCUGUUAAAACCUGCCUAGAAAAAGCAACUGUUUGUUUCUACUAAAAAUAUCGCAUUUUUUGACCAUGUCUUUUCUUAUAUGACUGAUUAUUGGAAAGUUGUAAAAGUGUCCGCUUAAUAGAGGCGUUAAUAGAAAAUUUUGGGAAAUAACAUUUGGGGCUGGCUGACCGAAGUGAACCGGCUUCCGGUUGAAUACAAGUUGUGUUUCAAUGAAGAACUACAUGAAAUUUUAACUACUACAUUUAUAAAGGUUACCGAUCGAUAUAACUGAAACACUGAGAACCACGUUAAAUGAAACUGGUAUAAGUGACAGGUUAUUGAUACUCGAAAUAGAUCGUUUGCAAGUUUUUGUCGUAAUUUUACUUGAGUUUUGACCAAAUUGGUGCUGUGUUCAAAUUAACGGCAAAAUUAACGUUACCCUCUGAAUCAACACAUUCAGUCCGUUGGUCGGCUCACCACACGCAUCUCUCUACCAAAAUGUACCGCAUCGACCAGUUGUUGUUGUUGUUUUGAAUCACAACCAACCCGUGCUCCGCCUUUUCCAUUUAUGAUACUCUGUCACUCAUGAAAGUAAAGUCAUUUUGGGGAUUUUUACUUAACUUGCUUAAAGCCUCCCCCCAAAAAAUGGCUGCAACCAUUGUUUUUGCUCCGAACUAGGAUCAACGAAGAAAUCGAUGCACUUUACCGGAUGUCACAUGACCUGAAUCCCAAUCUCUUUCCCAGGACAGAAUCUUGAGAACGAGGUUGCCCAAGUCCCUGGUUUUAAGUGAUAUAGAAUUGCCCUUAAGACAAGAAGCACUGGAAGGUUUCUAAUUAGUCAUAAAUUCUGUUGGUCGAUUGAAUUAAUUUAGCUCUAAAGUUGUCGGCCAAACGUAAAAACACAAUCUGGGGAACCAAGUCACUGAUUACAAUUUAAGUUACUCUAUUAUGACAGUCAGUCUUGUAGUCCCUCAUUAAGAAUGAGGUCAGCUUGCUCGUGCGGGCUAGUCAUUAUUGUACAUUUCAACUUUCUACUGGCUUUAAACACAUUUAGACCACAGAAUUAAUUUAGUUUAAUUAUUAUUUUUUUCUAUUAUUGCUUUUUCUUUCAAAUUUCCUGUCAGGCAUAAUUAUAGUCGUUGCAGUUGAAGUUUUCUCGUGACUGGUGAUAUUCAUUCAUUUGCCCUCGCAUAGGGUUUUUUGUGAGAUUCAGAAAACAUAAAGAACUUUUAAGAUCAUUUGACAGUGAAAACGGACAUGUCCUAGGUUGGUGUAUUCAAGAUUAUUUGAUUCAUAUACAAAUAGUAGAACGUGCUCAAAGCCAUAGAGAGCAAGGAAGUCAGGAUAUAUGACUAAAAAUAACUCUUUGAUAGAGGAAGAAAUUUAACCAGCUGCCGCUACACUACAUCGACAUUCAAAACUCGUGCUCUGAAUAUUGUAUCAUUUAAUUUUCCUUCACAUGGCUAAGUUCUAUUUUUUAAUAAAUUUAUUUUAUGACGAUAGUUUUCUCUUACUUCAGUCCAUGAUUGCACAAAAAUCGAUGGCUUAAUCAGACUUGUAAAACCAGUAAGAAAAAUAUGCAGCAACAUAAGGCCAUCCCCUUUUUUUUUCUCGUUUAGCGUCGAAUGCGUUUCCUGAUAUUGGGUCGGUCGGUCGGUGGGAUUGAAAAAAAAAAACCUAAAAAACAAAACAAUCUCAAGAAGUCUUGGAAUAGGAGGCCCUGGUAUCCCAGGAUGACGUUAAAAGUUAACAUUCACAUAAUUUAUUUGGAUUUAAUUUAACAAAAUACACAAUAUACUGUAAAAAAUGUUCCUGUUUUUGUUUCUGUUUUUCUCUAUGAUAUUACUAUGUUCAUUUUUCAGAUUAAAAGAAUUAUUGCAAGCGAAAAAUGGCUUAACUACGUCGCCACUUUUCUUUUUUUUUUGAAAAUGCCAAAAAUUUGGGUCGGUCGGACGACGCAAAAGGGAGAAAAAGAAAGAGGAUGGCCUAAGUGCGAUGUACUUGUCAAGAGAUUUCAAUGAUUUAAACGUCCUGUUUCCAUAAUUCAAACUUUUAAAAUGUAAAUUUAUUUUUUUGCGGCACUUAAACGCAGAAAAUAAUCACAACAGAUCAGUCCUUAAAAUGCAGACUAGCGACUUUAUUAUCACCUGAGACGGGAAAUUGCGACAAAGGAAACCUUUGCUGAAGAAUAUAUUAACAAUCUCAAGAUACCAUCUUCAACUUGGAAUCGGGAUAACCUUUAUUGCGCUUCUCACAAACAUGCGAACUCUAAAGCUCAAAAGCCGCCUUCACAAUUCACAAUUGCGUUUUUCGCUGCCGUCAAUCAUAAUUACGAUCACAAGCAACGAACCUUGAAACACAGAAACACCCAAAACGGAUCGAAAUCCACCAAUGGCAAAUCCCAUACAUGACCUUUUGAACCCGUUGAAGUGAAGUUUUGUUUUCUAAGAGAUCCGCUAAGAUGAUUGACGGCAGCGAAAAAGGUAAUCGUCAGUUGGCUUUUGAAUUUCAUAAUUCGCGUGUUUUUGAAAAGCGCAGUAAUACAAUACACUACAUGUAUGAAUCAGGAACAAGCGAAAAUCGGAACUCUCGACCCGUUAUCAGGCCCAUUAAAAGACAAGCUUAAGUGUAGGGCAAAUCUUUAAGAGUUAUCGAGUGUUGUAGUUGAAAACAAGACUUUAUUUCUUCAAAAUUCUCCUUUUGUAUGAUCUGGAUAUAACUUCGUCUUCCGGCAACAUAGCGUAUUAUUUUUUGUCCUGUACUUAGGUGAAAGUAAUAGUUGGAAUAAAAUUUUCUUUGAGUUCUAGUGCAUAUUAAGUAUUUUGGUUGUUGUUACCUCCAAAGGUUUGCUUCUUCAGUCAAACGUGUUUCAGACGCUUUUCUUAUUACACUGAAUAGGCCUGUUUUAUCAUAAUUGCGUCAAGUAAAUUAAAAUUAUCGACCACUACUUUGAUACAAAGCGUAGUCUUUUAGUGUAAUUUAAAAAAAAAAAAAAAAAGAGAAUUUCUCUGAAUGUCGCCAGUUGAGAAGAGAACAAAAUCCUGCCCUCUAUAAUGUCGAAUAUUAUAUCGGAUAAUAUAACUCUAGUCUAAAUGAUAAGUAUUUUGCCAAAUACCCAGUGUAAUUACCGCCGGGUCCAGCCUCAGUGCUAUAUAAUGCACCGCCCCCGCGACAAAUUUCAGUUAUUAGCGCGCAGGUUGUGUAAUGUUUCUCAAGCUGAUCUGAAAGCACUAAAGCCCUAACGUAGUGGAGCAAGUGAACUAUGACGAGAUGCAUGGGAAGCUUACAGGCGCUUUUAAAAGAUAAAAGAAACAAGCGAACAAACAAAACGGAAACCUGCAGGUGCGUGCGCUACUGACUGCUGCCAAAUACAAAAGUACGGCGCGUGGUACUUAGAUGCAGAACUAACAUCUGCCUGUCUAUGCAAUUUGGCUUGCCAAACUUGAGACGAUCACUUGUAUUUUUAGCCUCCGGAAGAUAUUUUUCCCGCAUCCCAAUUCCCUCUCUUAACCACGUGACAUUGUCUUUUCCCAUCAAUCCUUGCCUACGUGUUAAACUGGCAAGUAUCGUGUUUUAGGUUUAUUUCUUGAGCUUGUAUCAAAAACACCUGAUAACGACAUUCAGGUACCUCAAGCUAGAACCAUGUGGUAAUAAAUGUUUCCGGGUUUAACUUACUGGAAUUUUUUUUCCUUGAUUUAGAUGAACAACUGUAUUAAGGUUGGAUCUGGGUGGGGGGAGGGGUGCUCAAAGGAGCUGCAACCCCUCCCCCUCCCCCUUUUGUCUGAAGCUGUGUUCAAUUUUAUUGUCUUCCUGGUAAAAUCUGUCUUUUAGAGCUGAUUUAUUUUUGGACACAAGAUUUCUUGAACCAAUUAAUAAAUAGAACAUUUCAAUAUAGCUUGCUCGUCCCCCGGCCCCUUCCAUCUAAACCUUCUGCAUCCGCCCCUCGAGUAGGACAACAUUUUUCUUUGACAAGAAAGGAAGAUUUUUCGCAUCUUCACUCAGACCGAGGAAAACUUAAUAGAUGAGUAACCAAGGCUAGUUAUUUGGACCUGAAUCGGAAGAGCUGCAGGUCUAAUGAGUAUUGGACCUAUUCUAUUGAUUUCAGAAUUUUUAUGGAAAGGCAAUCGAACUUCAUUUUCAAACGGAAUGACAGUAAAUAAAAACAUCUAACUAGAACCUGAUCCAGCAAUUUAGCUAACCAAACUGUUUGUUUGUUUGUUUGUUUUUUUUUUUUUCGUCCUUCUAGGUUAGUAGGAAUGAUUUCAGGUAUUGAGAGCAACCGCAUUAAGGAGUCAGAAUCGCUCAAAGUACUUCGAGCUGUGCGUGUUUUACGACCGCUUAAAAUAGUUUCUGGAAUACCAAGUGAGUUUACGUUCGUUUGAAACUUAAAAAUGUUAUACUUACCAGACCUACUAGUUUGUGUGAGCGGCUGAGAACAUAUAUCUUCUCUUCGGGGAUAUUAGCCUGCGUUGCAGACUCUCUAAACAUAGUAAUGGUCUCAUGAGACGAUGUGUGGGCCGGCUGCAAGGCGGGUUACGAGGAUGUGUACCAAUAGUAUUUCAUACUUUUUUUUCCAAAACAGAAUAGAAUGUAAACGCCAGACGUAUAAUAGACAACACCUUAUAGGGCUCCGACAAUUUUUACUGACCCAGUAGUUCACAUUGGGUCCUAGAAUUAAGCAGGCAUACAAACAAACGCACUGAUACAAAUCCAACAUGACAGGUAAAAAUUCCCGGGGGUACUACCUAUAAUGGUGUAUACGGGGAGGCUCCGCCAGAGAGGGGGUAUCUUUUUGAGGCAGGGAUUUCACUAUUAAAAGUAUUUGAAAGGGGGGCAAAAUCUGUCAUUUUAAUCUGUAAAGUGACCUAAAAGGGCUACUAAAAGAUUUUAAGGAUGUGAAAAAGUCGACGAGAAAACUAGUUUUGUGAUUUAUUUAUAUUUAAAAGAAAGUACAGGAAUCCAAAGUUCUGACCAAAGUAUGUGAAAGGGGUACCAUUUGUCAAUGAAAGGUAUAUGAAAUGGGUUCCUUUUCUAACAAAAAUGGUAUAUAUAAAAGGGCAACGGGUUGAGCCACGGGGCGGAGUCCCCCGGUAUAAAACUUUGUUGAGUAUUCACCACCCCCUCCCCGGGUAAAAAUUCUCAACUAUCUGAAUAACGACAACCGUGACCCCUGAACCACUUGGCCAUGCUGUCAAGUUCAUCAGGGCUAGUUUUAUCCAAGUUAUUGGAUUUAACUUAAUAUUAAACUAAUAAAAACUGUGUUACAACGUUAUCACGGUAAAUUUUUUCAAUUACCCUUCUUUUUGGGGCUGACUUCUUUCUUAAUCGAAGAAUUGUUAAUUUGUAAGGGCGGCCUUAAAUUUAUACAUUAAUCAUGUAAACCCUUUUUUUAUUUUUAUUUAUUUUUUUUUUUUUCAGGCCUUCAAGUUGUUAUGAAGUCAAUAGCGAGGGCAAUGAUCCCUCUUCUUCAAAUUUUAUUUUUAAUUUCGUUUGUUAUCGUAAUCUACGCCAUAGUAGGAUUGGAACUUUUAAGAGGAAAAUUUCACUCAACGUGUUACAAUUCAACCACAGGUGAGAAAUUAUGCAUGUUGUUGUACUUGUUUAAAAUAAGUGUGAAUUGCUAAAAUCCCCUCCAAUACCAAAAAAAAAUGUCUCGUAGUUGAAAUAGUGUUAACAUACAGAAAAUCAAUAGUUUUUAGGUAGUUCAUUAAGUGAGCAUUGACUUGUGUUUCUAAUUAUAUAAAUUUGAAGCCCUUGGGUCUCAUGAAAAAAACUUAACUUUAAACUGUUUGAACGGUUACGAAGAACGCAAUUCAACAGUGACUUCUUAGACGUAAGUGAUCAGUGUCAGGGCGUAAAAGAAAUUUUGUCACCUUUAGUUUAUAGCUUUUUGCGUUUUAAAGUUAGUUGUGGGAAAAGCGAUAAUGGGAACAAUAGAAUAUUAGCAGUCAACUAACAACUUCACUAAUGUGUAAAGUAUUUUCAACUGACUUAAUGAGAUUGAAAAAGCCACAGCGCUGUAAAUUUUAAAAUAUGAAUAUAAACUAAGUACUGUUCUAUUAGCGCUGUGAAUAAGCUGUGGUCACUGAGCCACACCUGUCUUUAGCAUAGUAUAGUGGUAUAAAAACAUCAACAGAAAAAAUACUCUCCCAUAUAUAAGAAAAUGUUACAUGAAAGCUAAGCAAACAAGACUAAACAUCGUUCAACUAAAAUUGAUUCACGAUCUGAAAAUAGAUACUCGCCAACGGAGAUUUUUUUAAUUAUUAUUUUUGAAAACGAUCUACACUGCAGCGGUCCUUAGCAUUCCAAAAAUUUUUGCCGACCAAUUUACAAAGUUAUUGUAAAAUCUUUUAACAGACAGCCUUCGACCAAUGAGCGAAUUUCUACACUUUCAGUUUGCUGUUGUCUAUCAAGUCAGCCAAGAAAUUGAGAGCUCUGGAAUCAAGCCGCGCUCAAUAUGUUACUUUAUCCUGUUCCUCAAUCGUUUGCUGGCGCAGGAAUCAUGUUAUUAGUAUGUGUAAUCAAAUGGUGACGAGUGAAAUUAGGGAAUAAUUUCACUUGCGUUUUGUCCAAAUCUUAAUAAUUUCCCUCACCUUAUCGAUCGAGAACUCCUGCACUCUCUCGAACGUUUAGAGCUUAAAUUUGGCUUAAGUUCAGAGUUUUUCGACAAAAUACCUCUUAGAAUCCUUCUUGAUGUGCUCUUUCAUGUGUUCAGGUUUUCUAAAGCGUCUUUUUUGACCUGAUUUCUUCAUUCAUGACAUUUUAAAACUUCUUCGCCAUCUUGACGCUGAGACGUACGGAAGGUUGCCAUGGCAAUUUUUUAAUUUCACAUGUGAAAUUACAAAUUAACGCUGAAAUUUCGCGCCAAAAUUAAGGAGUAAUUCGUCACCUAUGAUAUUAUAUAUGAAAACUAACCUAUGUCAAUUGGUAUUGAAUAUACUAUAACAUUUUUGUUGAUAUAUUGCAGGUCAAAUAGAUACCAUGUUUAUUAGCCCACGCGUCUGCAGUAAGCCAGCACUUGCAGGUCGACCCUGUGGGCGGGGCCUUAA